AGAGGGUCGCGAUCCUCGUCCUACAAACGUUGUCGCGGUUCAUAUAAAACCCGACGCGGCCCCGCUGUACUCUCCUCUCCCUCGUCGUCGCCUUCUCUCCGUCGUCGUCGUCGUCGUCGUCGUCGUCGCCCUUCUCCCUCCCUCCCUCCCUCCCUCCCUCCCUCCCUCUCUCUUCCCGCAAGAGUGAUCGCUCCUGCUCCAGCCGCCGAUGGCCGCGAUCGCGCCACCGUCCCCCUCGCCGUCUCCCGCGGCGGAGCCGGAGAGAUCGGGCGGCAAUGCCGGGGGCGCCCCGGCGCGGAGCGAGCCGGCCGGCGGGGAGGCCGCGGGCGGCCUGCUCGGGCCGGGCGCGCGGCCCGCCCUCCCGGAGCCCGCUAGGGCUUCCGCUUCUUCCCCGCCGAAGUCGUCGCCGGAGCCCCACGCCGAGGAGUUAGCUGGUGCGUUGUCGGGACUGUCCGUAUCGAAGGGGACUGAAACCAAUAAAGUCGAGACUCCAAACCACAUAAUGCCCACACGCCAAAGAUCGAUGAGGCGCAAUGGCCCGUCGACCAGUGGCAUCGCAACAGGCCCUUUUGACUUUCAGCAAACUGGCCCAGCUUCUAGGAAUGGGCAUCAGCAGCCGCGGAGCUCCUCUUUCAGAAACCGUAGCGGCGGGCAACAUAUGCGUGCUGCUGGUUUUCACCAGCAAAUGUUUAGGCAUGACCAACCGCGAGGGAGUCGAGAGUGGCAUCCUCGUCAAGUUGGAGGAUUUGAUCCCAGGUUCAUGAGGCCGGUGCUGCAACUCCCACUCCCUUUCCCUUUUCCUCCUCCUUAUCAACCAUUAAUCCAACCACAGGCAUUUCCAUUUGGUAACCCCUUAGCUUAUCCUGAGAUGGCACCUCAUUUUUUCCCGACCCCACAUCCUGAUAUACAAGCCAGCGGUCCCUUUUCAGCGCCGCCUCCUCCUGUCUAUUCUCCAUUGCAUUUUGAGAUAUUGAAGCAGAUAGAGUAUUAUUUCAGUAAGGAGAAUUUAAUAAAAGAUCUCCACUUUCGGAAGGAAUGGGAUGAACAGGGCUGGGUCCACAUUUCAAUAAUAGCAGCGUUUAAGAAGGUUUCAAGUAUGACGAGAGAUAUUAAUCUUAUUUUAGAUGCCAUUCGAAGUUCAACCAUGUUGGAAAUACAGGGCGAAAUGGUUAGGAAGCGAGAUGACUGGAAGCCAUGGAUUGUUCCUAAGGACUUCAAAGUCUCCAGUGAUACAAGCUCUCCAGUCCAGUAGAUAUACUGGACAUUCACAAAAUCAUCUCUUGAUGAUUUGGGCUACUGACCAUCGCUGUGCUUGUAACAUGCCAUAUUGUUUCUUGAUACUUUUUUGGAUAAAUCCUCAUUGUGUAAAGACUAGCCAGAUGGAAGCCAGUUGGGUCGUCCUUGUUAGAUCCAAAUCACUGUAUUUCGGCUGAAAAAGGGAGUGCGCUGUGAUGUGAGAGACCUGAGACUGGAAGCUUUUUAUUGGUUGGUCUGGCUUGGUAUGGGUUCGGGGGAAUCUGUUGUGACUGGUAAUCAACCUUUUGGAGACAACCUUGCCCGAAGGGUAUGGAACAUUCAUUCUUGAUAAGCACACAAACAAAGGAAAAUUAGAAAAGGAAUAACAAGGCUAUGUGGAUCGAUAGCCAAUGGAAGGAAUAGCUGGUCAAGCUGAUAACAUGAGGACAUGCAUCGGGAUAAUGACUGUGGAAGUUAAUGUGUCAUAUUGGGAUUGAGUUUCACAUUACUCGAUCUUUGGGUGAUCUUCGUCCGGUUUGGAGUUGAAGAUACAAUGUCAAAAGAUGCAAGAUGGCGAACCCUGGUUGAUACAUCCUUUUUCAUGGGAAAAGGAGGGAGGAACACUUCUAGUUGAUGCUACAACUGGCAACAAAACUUCAAUGUUUUGGAUCGUGCGGUGCCCUGGGAACUCGAAUAACUUUUCAUCAUUCCAAUUUUAGCUUAUGAUGUACUCAUCUUUGCUCCUGUGUGAUACUUGCCUGCUGAAAAGUUAGUCUUUUAAUUGUCAUGGGAAGUCAUGCCUUCCUUUAAUGAAAUGUUACAUGUAAUUGAACUUGAUUUUGUCAUUUUCAUGUUUAUAUACAUCAUUUAUUCUGGA